GAGAGUGUGGUGGAUGGAGCGAUGACGGAAUUGGCUCUGGGAAGUUCUUAUGAAGGGAGAUGUUCGCACCUUUUUUUCCCUAUUCCUUUUUCUUCGAAGAGUCGUCUUUAGUAGCUGUCAUUAAGAAGAUUGUCUUUUCGAUACCCAGAUACCCAGAUUGUAUUCACUUCUUCCGACUACGACAUCAUCUCGAGUCUUUAGUACUUUUACAGUCUUCGACACACCGACAGACACACACACUUCAUUUCCAUCCUCAUAAUCACAUAAUCCCGCACACUACACCCGCAGCAUCUACGCUCCGGGCCCUCGGAAAUCUUUCAAAAUCUUUCACUCACACCCCCGUCAAAGACCGCACAUAACCUGUCGUCUUCUCUCCAUUCGUCCACGCAGUUCUCGCUCUCGAACAAAUUCAAACAUGUCUUCUACUCCUACCACCACUGGACCGAUCCCGGCUCCAACAAAUACUGUUAAUCCUCUCCCCGCUACACCUGCUGAAGCUGCCGCAGGAGCUGCCCCAGCCGCUGCGGGAACAGCAUUGGAUUUGCACACGCAAACUGAAGAUGCGGCUAAGGAAUACAAGAAUGCGCAGAAGGCCGAGAAGGCUUACGCACAGAAGAAGAAAUGCAUGACUGCGAGAAAGGAAUGGUAUGAUUGUAAAGUCCACUUUGCAGCUGGAGUGCAGGGGUUCAGAGAGGGCGGAAAAUGCGUUGGACGGGUUGUUAAGGCCGGACCGGCUUUGGCGAUUGAGAAGGUUAAGGGGGGAAAGGGUCAAGGGGUUAAGACUAUGGAUAGUGGUGCUUCGGGAGAGAGCAUCAUGGUGGAGAAGGAGAAUGCUAAUAAGAAGAGUGGUAAUGGUGUGAAAGCAAAGGUGAUGGGGUUGAAAGAGAAGCUUGUGGCACUGAAGGAGAAGAGGACAAUGGAGAAACAGGCAAAAACUGAUGAGAAAGCUGCCGUCGCCACUCCUACUGCAAGCGGAGCUGUAGCAGCAACACCAGCAGUAGAAGCUACACCAGUCGCUCCCGUUGCCCCCGUUACCCCCGUCGCUCCCGUCGUAGCAACCCCGGUCCCAAGUCCAACACAGACCAAACAGGAAAAAAAGAGAAUGACUCUAGAUCAGGUGAGACAUCGAAUUCUUUCCUACCGUCACUCGCGUUUUUGUUCCACAUCAUCGGAAGAUGAUGACGAAGAGGUGAACGUCGCGCCUCGAAUUGCAGAGAAUCCAACAAGAAGAAGCCAAAGCGCUCGCGCGUCAGGAAGCGGAAGCCUCCGCCGCAAACGCUACAGCUGCGACUGGAGAAACCCCCAUCGUGGCUCCAAUCCAGACUCCAGCGCAACCUCAAGGGCUAACGCCAAUCCAAACCACACAAACUUCAACAUCGUUGGCGAACCCCCCGCAAUUACCUCCCAAGACACAGUUGAGCCCCCCCGGAUCCCCAACGAAGGGAACCAUGGAGCCAAUUCACGAGGACGGGGAGACGGGAGCGCACCCACUAGCGAGCGGGACACAGGGGCCUGUGGAAACACAGAAUCAGGGGGCAGCUGGGGGCGGAGCACCGGCCGGACAAUAAGCGAAGGGGGAGAUGGAGGCGGCGAGGGAUUGAAAGCUCGCGUGGCGGUUAUGGUGCGAGGGAGAUUGAGGGGGGGUGAUGCGCGCGCGCCUGCUUUUCCAUGGUUUACUGCGCAUUAUGAAGAUGAGAGAGAGGCGUUCAGCGAGAAGGAGAAGAAAAAAGAGAAGAAAAUCCAUGCGAAGAUGGGAAUGAAGACGAAAACGAAAACAGGAACAGCAACAGCAGCGACAAACUCAACGAGAGCACGAAUUAUGGGACAUUUUUCCAGGACGAAAAAGAAUGAUGAUGCGGGAAUGAAUUAUAACGAGAAGAGAUUUCGCAGACCCGGGAAGUUGGCGACGUUGCGCUUGAGAUGGUAUUUGUUUGUGUCGAAAGUGAGGGAUAGGGCGAGUGAUGCGAUGGGUUGGGUGGGGGUCUUGAUUAUGGAUUUUCUAGGGAGAGUGAGUGAGCUGGGAGAGGGGAUUGGGAAGAAGAUUGGUGGGAAGAAGGGGAAGAAAGAGAAGAAGGUUAGGUUUUCGAAGAGAGCCUUUUUCUAA